GCAGUAAUCUGACUCCCAGUGCACUCCGGGCUGUGCUCCUGGCUCUUAGAGCUCUGUCUUCACUGCACACCAUCCAGGGAAGGAAUGAGUGACAGACCAGCAGCAAGAAGCUGGGGUAAGUGUGGACGUCUGUGUAAGUGUGAGACCAUCAUGGUGGCAUUUAAAGGGGUCUGGACUCAGCCUUUCUGGAAAGCUGUUUCAGCAGAAUUUUUGGCCAUGCUAAUUUUUGUCCUCCUCAGCCUUGGCUCUACAAUCAACUGGGGUGGAUCUGACAAGCCUCUGCCUGUAGACAUGGUCCUUAUCGCUCUCUGCUUUGGACUAAGCAUUGCAACCAUGGUGCAGUGCUUUGGACACAUCAGUGGUGGCCAUAUUAACCCUGCUGUGACUGUUGCUAUGGUCUGCACUAGGAAGAUCAGCCUUGCCAAGUCUGUCUUCUAUAUUGUUGCCCAAUGCCUGGGUGCUAUCGUCGGGGCAGGAAUUCUCUACCUUGUCACACCCCCAAGUUUGGUGGGAGGCUUGGGAGUUACUACGGUACACGGAGAUCUUUCUGCUGGCCAUGGACUCCUGGUGGAGUUGAUAAUUACAUUCCAACUGGUUUUUACUAUUUUUGCCAGCUGUGAUUCAAAACGAAGCGAUGUCACUGGUUCAGUGGCUUUAGCAAUUGGAUUUUCUGUUGCAAUUGGACAUUUAUUUGCUAUCAACUACACUGGUGCCAGUAUGAACCCUGCUCGAUCAUUUGGACCUGCAGUUAUCAUGGGGAAAUGGGAAAACCACUGGGUCUAUUGGGUGGGACCAAUAAUAGGAGCAGUCCUUGCAGGUGCCCUUUAUGAGUAUGUAUAUUGCCCAGAUACUGAGUUCAAGCGACAUUUUAAAGAUGUCUUCGGUAAGGCUACCCAUCAGUCUAAAGGGAAGUACGUGGAGGUGGAUGAUAGCAGGAGCCAAAUAGAGACUGAUGACUUGAUCCUGAAGCCUGGAAUGGUUCAUGUGAUUGACAUUGAGAGUGAAGACAAGAAGGGGAGUGAUCCAACCAAUGAGGUGCUCUCUUCUGUAUGACUAGCACGGAGCACUGAAAGCAGAGAACAGCCGACUAGAAUGUCCACAGAUAUCCUUCCACCCAUUAAAGAGACAGAUCUACUGUAAACCAGACACCUGCAAUAUCUGAAAAUGUAUGGAGAUGACAGCAGCUUUGUAGUUGCUUCACCAAGCUAUACACCUGCUCAGUUUGAUUAGAAAUAUACUAUAUUUAAGAGUCCCCAUAGAUUCUUCCAAAUUCAGAAAUGUCCUUUUUUGGGAGAGAACAUCCUCAAAGUCAAUUGGAAAGAGCUGAUAGCAUUCCCAUUUUAAUAAGGCCAUAAAAAGCAAGAUGGAAAUAGAGAUGUUUAACAUUCAGAUUGACAGUUAAGACUUAUCUGCAAAUGCCUAUAGCAUGCAAACGUAUUUAUCAGAUUAUUCUUCUGACAUUUAAUUGGCUGUUGUCAACCCUGAUUAGAAUGUCUUAUCCAUUAAGUGUUCUGUGCAACAUUCAGUGACAAUAAUGCCAAAGUACAGCAUGUAACAGAGUCAUCCAAAUUUAAGGUAGUAUUUUUUGUUCUUAUAUAUCCUGUCAUUAUUUCUUUACAAAUUCUGAAAAAACUGUAUUUUCAUAGGCAAAAAUUGGUUCCUGUCAGUCAUCCUACCAAUUUUCAUCCAUUACAUAUCCCUGUUCUGUUGUAAAAAAUACUGCCUUCCUCCCAUUCCCCACAACUAAAAAUAUUGAAGCCAAAGGCUCUGAUCUACUGCAAUAAUGCUGUAAAACCUUUGAAUGAUUAUGUAUUGUAUGCAGGUUAGCAUAGUUGUCCAUCUGGUGAAACGUUGUCUUGAGGUUCAGCUAUUGACCAUUUAGUAUUAGCUGACUAUAGGUCAUACAGGGAACCUGAAGGCCCACAUGUCACUCAGUAAUUCAAGCAAAAGGAAAUAGAUGUUCAGGUAUCAGAAGAAAGGAAGGCGUUAUCUGUUUUCAGCGCACUUAUUCAAACAAAUAUCACCAUGCUAAUUUAUAUAACUAAACAUUUAAAUUACUCACCCACUUUGCUGACAAUUUUAUUAUUAUUUAUUAGCAAAAUAAAGGUGGAUUUUUAAUUUUUUUUAACUAUAUUGAAGC